UCUUUUGUUGAAAGAAAACAAAAAAGAGGGAUUAACAAUAUUUGUGUUUCAUGCGGAGCAUGUUAUAAUAAAUGAAAUUUGAUUGAUGCGGCUAGAAUUAAAUAAUGGCGCUCCCAUCUUAUUCUGAUUUAAAUAUACUUGGGGAAUCUGGAGAAAAGUUGACGGAUAUAAUUGAUUUGAGCAUAGAAUGUAAGUUUGCUAUAUUUAAUUUUUGGUUUUAUGCUUCUCGGCUUUUUUUUUGCCUGUUCACUACAGACUCUUGUUAGUGUGAGUGUUAGACUAAUUUAGUAAGUUACAUUUACUUACAGUUUACUAAGUUAACAGUACUAGUUUUUUUAAUUUUUAGUAGUAUAAGUAAGUAGUUCAGUACAACUUAUUCAUCAUUCGGACAUCAAUCAUUCUUUUGUAAGUAUAAUAAAGAGAAUAAAAUCCCCUUUCUGGCAAGAUAUAAUUUAUAGGAUAAUUUAAUGAUCCGGGAAGUGCCGAAAACCGGGUAUCGUGAUUUCGUUGUCAUAACGGCGACCUCCACUUUUUAAUUUACCGAGGGUUGUGUUGUUUAUGAUGUUUUUUUGCUAAAGUUAGUUUUGUUUUUAAAUUCUAUUUCUGCCCUCAACUUAAACUUAAAGCAGACAUGUUUGUUGUUCACUUAAUACUUUUCUUUAAGAAAAAAUUUGAAGGUUUGACAUUGAAAAUUAAUGGUAAAUAAUAGCUAAUUUGACUCUUUCAUAAUUUUUAUUUGGAAAAUGUAAGUUUAAAAAGAGAAAAUACCAAUGUUAGAUGUAGGCAUAAAUGACAACAUAUCCAAAAUUCGUGAGGUUAGGACCCCGGCAUGGGUGAGAAAUUUUUGUGCACAAUUUUUGUCACAUGUGUCCCAAAAUUACCUAUUAUCGAUAAUGGACGUUAUUGUAAUAAGUAACUUGAUUUACACUGGAAAUCCAGCAUAUUACCCAAUAAUAACUAAUUUGAAACAAAGCAUCAAUUUAAUAGCACAAAAACUUAUUUAUAAUAUUAUCUGAUGCUUUUAUUUUGAGGUAUAAAUUGGGGGAGUGGGAUAAAUAGCCCUUGUCCUAGUUAGCCUUAGUAGUAGUAUUAUUACACUUAUAGUUGGAAAAUAUAUAUAUUCCACAAGAAACUUAUUAUAUAAUAUAAUCCUCAAUAUUCAAGAAAUAACACAGUGAUCCAAUAAUUUCUUCAGAUAUUACUAAAGAAUAAUAAUAAAAGCUUGUACUUACUUCAAGCAAAUGACUAGAACUUAUUUUAAUUUCUAUCAAAUGCCAAAGUUGAUAAAUUUUGAUUUAUGAAAUAAGAUUACUAACUUAAAAUAAAGAAUCUACUAUUUUUUUGGUCAUAUUCAAAUGGGACUAAAAAUACAUAUAUAGAAAAUGGAAAAAUAAAAAGUAUAAUGGUCAAUUUUAGAUAAAGGAAUCAAAUAAUCCCUGUAUUAUUAUUUUAUACUUAUAAAUGUUAAACAAUUCCAUUUAAAAUUUGAAAUUAAUAUCUAAAGAAUAUUAUUACUAUUAUAAAAUUAGGGAAAUUCAUUAUAUAUACUUUUUAAAAAAAUAUAUUAAUUAAAUACAAAUAAGUGAUGAGUCAGCAAAUUUGAUACAUUUUUAAUAAGGAAAAUUAUCAAGAUUAAAAUUAUUUUUCCAGAAUAUUAACAAAAACUAAAAUUGUAUUUUGUGGCUUAAUUUUGAAGAACUCAUAUUUAACUGUGUUCCCUGUAAAUAUUAUAUUUUUGUCUCAUUUUAUAACAAAGUUAUAGGCAUAAAAACAAUAGCAAUAUAAGGGGGACGAAAUGUGGAGGAAAAUCCCAUAGUGAAAAAGUGCUUUUGAGGUCCAUACUAAAAAAUUAAUAACUUUUGCAUCACUUGAGCUAGAGAGUUGAUCUUGGUGUUUUUGUAAACCAUUCUAUUGGCUCUAUACAGCUGUAGUAUUUUUUAUAUUUUUUAAAAUGUUAAGAAAUUUUCAUCAAAGUGCCUCGGAUAAUGUACAAUGUACUUUAUUUACUAUUACUUUACUAGGCUUCCUGAGAAAUAACCAAACUCAAACUAGUCAACGUACUCAAACUCAUAAGUCAAACACAGACAGAAAUCAUAAUUUAGUGUAUGAUUUCUGUCUAAGCCUGGUAUAACGGUGGGGAGAAAAACCCGUUUGUGGUAGCCUAAGUCCCUAGCCCUAGGUAAAGUUACUCAACAGUGUUGAAUGGUUAACGCUCUCUUUAGUAAAAGUGUGUCAUGUAAUUGUAAUGCCAUAUAAAGUUUAUGCACACUCAGACUCAGGUAACACUUAAUGGCAGUGAACUUAACAUAUAGGCCUUCUUACAUUUUCAUUUACAUAUUGAUAUUGUUUUACUUAAUGUUGAGGGAACGUUGAUACCUGUGUAAAGUGUAUAAUUUAAUAAGAAUUUAAGCAUGCCUACAUGUUACAUAUAUAAAAUAUAAUGAGUCAAGAAAUCCUGAAACUGAUUACUUAAGAUGAUGUUUUCAUCUUAAUAUUAUUGUAUUUGGAUCUGUUUAGAAUUUUGAGUUAGAGUUGAAAAUAAUCAAGAUUGUAGACAUAUCAUUUCAUCUAACUUUUUAAACCAGAACAUAUGAAAUGUUGCAAAACAUUAAGGAUUUGAUUUUUUGGUGGCAUCCCGCCAAAUGUUAUUUUUUUUAACCUGUAAUUAAAACUACACAUUACAACAUUAUAUAGAUUUAUUAUUUUGGCUGCACAAGUGCACUAGCAUGACAAGCCUAUAUAAGGUAUAUUUCUUUAAUUGAUCCAAAUAAAUGGAUUUUUAAAAUUACAUUGUACAUAUUCAUUUUCAGCACAUAAAUAAAUACAUAUUUUGACCAAGACAACAUUUUACAAUUAAGAGGAUAAUAACAAUUUAAACAAAAGAAAUCCAAAGGAUGUGACAAGGAUAAGGUUUAUUAUGUUUUUAUUAUAAUAAAAGUCACCAGAUAUUUAAUUACUUCAUUUUUAUUUACAGUGGGAUUCGAAAGAGUGGCGGUAAACAACUUUGUUGCAAAUUUGAAAGGAGGAAAAGGAAAAAAACAAACAGAAAAGGUUUUUAUCUUGUUUCUCAUUAUGUUGAAUUGGAUGAUAUUGUGUUACCAAUUUUCUUGCACUGUAUGUACUCAUUCAUUAGUCAAUUGUUUUAAGGAAAUAUUUCAGGGGAAUAGCUAUGGUCGUUGACUUAUGUAUUGGCUAUAGGAGAUUUUUAUAUUUUCACCAGGUAAAUUGAUUCUAUAGAGAAAAGAAUGAAGAAAUUAGUAAUUAACAGAAUUCAACAUAAAGCUGUUUGAGUGCAAAAUUGGGUCACAUGUUUUGUCCUCAUUUUGGGACUGUCCUGGUUGGCUGUGCUUAGAGAGUAUCAAAGUAGCAAUAUUAAAUAAUGAAAUUGUUAUUUGAGAAGCUGAGGUCCUAUUUUUGGAAAUGUUCAGAAUGGUUAACAUAUAGUAGAUAUGUGAAUUGAGUAUCUGUCUUAUACAUUAAACUGUAUGUUAAAUAAUUUUUAAAAUUAAAAAAAAUUAUUAUCUUCUUUAGUACCUACCGUACUGUUUCUACUGGCAUAAUAUUGAAGGAGAUUGGCUUAUGAGCAUUGUUACAUACUCUAAUAAGGUUUAAAAUUUGUUACUUGGGGGUCAUUAUAAGAUUUAAAAAAAUUAUUUGGUUUUAAAUUGGCAUGUUUAGAAAAAUUAUGCAUACCAAUUAACUGAAAGAUCAGUAAAUAAAAACCAACUACACAAAGCUACCGAUAGUGUAAAUAUAAAACAAGUUGGAUAUUAAAAAAAAAAAAAAAUUCAGGCUAAAUAAGGCAAAAAAUGUUAAUGUGCAGAAGGUGCAGGGGACAGAUGGGACCACGCCAUGUUAAACUCAGUGUUUUUUGGCUUUUGUUUUGUGCUCUGCAGCAGCUAUUUUAUUUGCCUCAUGUUGCAUUGAGCCUUUUGUGAAUGGAGGAGCGCUGGGUUAAUGUGAAACACUUUCAAAGAUGCUUUCAGUGUGUCUUUAAAACUUUUCUUCUGUCCCCCAGCAAACUGAUUGCCAUGCUUGGUUUCACCGUAAUAUAGUAUGUUUCUUAAAUUUAAAUAAGUAUUGUCACAUACACUAUCAAUCUCAUGUCUCUGAAGGUCUCAAGAAUCUCUCCCUACUGUCUUAUUUAUAUAGGCAGGGAGAGAAAAAUUUAGAAAGUCAAUGAUCUUAAAGUAUUCUCUGACCAUCUUGUUGGUAAGAAAAAGAGGAGUGGCUUAAUGUGUACAAAAAAAAUAAAUAAAAAAAUGCUGAGCUAAAAAUAGAAACCAGCGGUGAGCUAAAAAGAGCUUGAGGUUAAGCUAAGGAAAUAACAGCGGGUUACACACAUUUUAGGCUUUUAAAUGAGAAUAUACAGUAAUUGAUAAAUCCCACAUACUGUCAUAUCAAUUUUAAAAAAUAAAAUUUUUAAUUAUUAAAUUAAUACACUAAUACAUUUUUUUUUAAAGUUAUUCUUUCUCGAGAUUUAAAUAGUUAUUGGUAUAAAUAGCAGGGAGAGAAAAAAAAGAUUUAUUUCUAAUAAUUUAUGUUUUUAAAUACAAAACAUGACAAUAAAAUGCAACUUGAACCUAUGCCAAAAUAUUAUUUUAAAUUUACAUCACGAAAAUAUUUACGUGGGAAUGAAGGAAAAUUUAAGGUGUAAAUAAUUUACUGAACUACAUAUGUUUGACUAGAGGUAAAUUUAUUUCUUGUCUGAAAAUGGCAGCAACAAAAACCAAAAAAUCAAUAGCUGAUUGCAUUAGUUGAGAAGUUCCUAAACAUAAGCUUUAAAUACUUGGUAAAGUUGUGAAUUGUAUUUAAAAUGUUAUAUUUCUAUUGUAAGCUUCAACUCUUACAAUUACAAUGAGUGGAAUGUGCAUUUAAGUUGUUAAAAAAAACUUGUUGUUACCAUUAAAAAAAAUCCAUGUUAAUCUCCUUUCAGGCUGACCAUAACUGAAGACAAGAGAAUAAUUUUUUUUUCUCAUAAUUUGUUUUAAAUAAACCUGCAACAAAGAAACUUUGGAAUCUUUCUAAAGAAACCGACAAGUCAUAAUUAUAUUGAUAACUUUGCCAACAUGGUAAAAUAACACAAAACAAUUUCUCAUGUAUGUACAUUUUUUUAGUUACAGCACAUAAAAUGUAAGGAGCAGGAAUGGACAUUAAAAUAUGUGGUAGUACAGCGGUUCUCAACCAAAGGGGUCGCGAGACCAUUUCCCAGGGGUCGCCUAAGACCAUCUGAAAACACAUAUCCUUACAGCUAUGAAGGGUGCUGGGUGGCCGAAUGGUCUAAACGGAGCAAAUCUCAAGUUGGUGGUCUGAAGUUCAAUUCCAGCUAGAGCCCAGUCAAGCAAUAACACCACCAGCACCCCGGGUAGAUGAGACUCGUUAACCUUGGAUGGCAACUCAUCUAAGAGAAGGGAACUCUGAAAUCAAACCCGGAGAUGGAGUCCCGAAAGGCGGAUAACAUUGAUACAAUGAAACAUUCCGGCAACUCCUGCGACGUCACUGGUGCCAAGCUGUAUCAUCCAAUGAUGUUCCCUUGGGUUACCCAGCGGCGUGGAGAGAGGCGAUUUGCUGUUGGGAACCAGCUUAUAAUCCUUCAAGUAUAAUCCCAGGCCAUGUGGAUUUCGUCCUCCGAAGCCCACUCCAUCGUCAGAUUGUGACGGACGGAUGCCAGCAAAAAAAAAAGUAAAAAAAAAUGAAGUAGCAACGAAAAUAAUUGUGUGGCAGGGGGUCGCAACGACACGAUAAACUGUAUUAAAGGGUCGCGGCACUAGAAAGGUUGAGAAUCACUGUGGUAGUAUAUUGUGUGUUGCCUAUUCUGAUAUCUUAGUGUGGACAAAUUAAUGAAAUCUGAGUCCUUAUUUAUUCACAGAUUGCAGUUUCACCACCUUCAGAGAUUCUCCUUAAUGAAAAAAGCUUGGCUUCCUUACAGGUGAGAAAUUCUAAAGUUUUUAGCAAAACAUAUAUUUGUUCAAAAUUGCUAGACGUUAUAUAGAUUCAAGAACAACAUAUAUGUUUGCUUACUGUAAUUGUGAUGAGUUUAAAAUAUUAAUAAUUUUAUGGAGAAUUUUAUUUUUCAAAUGUUGCUCUUUAAUUAAAAUGAAUUCAAGUUCAAGGCUAAUUUUAUGGACAGAUCACUUUCAUUAUUUUGUUCUAGAUCAGUGUACACAUAAUUACAUAGUAUUAACAUUUUAACAUGGUUUUUAGAAAAAAAGGGUUUCUGAGAACUGUUUUUUGUAGUAGGAAUAAUAAUUAUUUUGUGGUAUUUUCUUUUUUUCAAACACUUUAGCUUAAUGGCAAAACAUUUGAGCAGCUAUCUCGAAUAACUGUUGUGCUGCAAGAUGAUACCAACAUCCCCAGACUGGUAAUAAAUUUGAAUUUGUAUUAAAAAUUAAUUCUUCUAAUGCUUUACUUUUAAAACCAAAGUUUGUGGUAUAAAAAUGAGUGGUCUAGCUAAUUAUUUGCUACUAUUUAACCCCCAUGCACUUUUUCUCCUGCCCAGUGGCCACAUACUAAAACCAACCCUCUCAAUUCUUUACCAAAUUUUUUCUUCAUGUGCUAGUUAUAAGCCACCUCUCUGCUGUUAAAGCACUUAAAGGCACAAAAAGCUGCAACUGUAGCCGUUGUAACACAUGUCCCUACGUGAUUGAAGUUGAUAAGAUCACUUUCCCCCUGGAAAUAUUCGGAAUAAUAGAUGGCUUUACCUGCACAAGUUGCAAAGGGAUUUACACCAUCCUUUGUAAAAAGUGCGGUAAAUUGUACAUAGGAGAGACAGGUCAUCCCCUUUGGAGACCGGUGUAGAGAACACCUCUAUAACAUAAAUAAACAGGCUCUCUGUCUGUUCUCCAAACAUUUCAAUAGCUCUAACGAUGAUGGAAUUUUAUUCAUGGCAGUAACUGAUAUUCUGUAUACUAAUAACACACCUGAUAGGAUCUUUAUGCAGAAUAAAUUAAUAACAAGAUUUGGUACGUUGAUUCCAUACGGGAAUCCACAUCCAAAUCCACAAUUUUUACGUAACUGCCAUGUCUUUUUCCUGUUUUUUUUUUCUACAUUUUACUUCAAAUCACUUCCUUUCCAUUCUUCUUUACUUUGUUUCUGUCUGGUUUUUUUGCACUCACUCCUAUUUUUCUCCUUUUUUAGGUAGGAUAUAUGCAUAUAUAUAUACUAUGUAAAAUUACUUUAUACUUAUUUAUUUAAAUGUUUUGUUGUUAUACUGAUGAAGGCAUAUGCCAAAACGUCUAGUUGUGUAUUAUGUAAAGUUAUUAUUAAAGCUCAACAUAUAUUGUUAUAUUGACACAAAUUGUGUCUAAUUAAUCUAUCUUCAUAUGCAGUAUGAUAAACUUUUGUGUCCUUUCUACUUAAUAGAAUGUUAGUAUUUCAUCACUAAACUUGAAGACCUUGACAUUAUUUUAUUGGUUCAACAAAAUGGAAACAAACUGCACUCUAUUAGGUUUUCACUUACUUUUUAGGGAGGCUCUGAUAUACAGGCUUAUGACAUACUAGCAGUUCAACCUACAACUGAAGCAACUUUUAAGGUAAUCGGAAUGACAGCUUAAUUUCUUUUGUUAAAUCUUGAAAAUGUUUAACUUUUCUUGAUAUUUUUUAGGCUCCCAAGUUAUCACCUUUAUAAUUUAUAAUGUUUUACUUGAAUCCAAAUAGCAUUAACAUUAAAAGUUGUGGAAUUACCCUGUUGAAAUCAGGGGAAAUAUUAUAGAAUCUUUACUGUUUACCACAUUUAACUAGUGUUGAAAAUUAAACAGGUGUAACCAUACUAUAUUUUAGGCAUUUAAUUUAGCAACAUAGUGUUGUGCAUACACUAUAAUACCUUCUCCCUUAUUGAUGAAACAUUUUGUCAUAAAAUUUCUCAUUUCUCUUAAGCUAAUGUAAUUGACUUGUUCUUGGAGGAAAAACAAACAAAAAAGCAAGUCUUACAAACAAUUAUAAUUAAUAGCACCAUCAAGAGAGAAUAAAUGUAUCUUUGUAUUGUUUUAGCUAAUAUCAUUUAAUACCUUAUUUUUACAUGUUUAUUUCACAGCUAGCAUGCCAGACUUUAGAUAUUGAUAUCAUAUCCUUUAACUUCGCAGAGAAAAUAGGUUUUUCACACAAGAGAUCUCUUUUAAAUGCGGUUAGUAAACUAUAAGCAAUGUCCUCUGUUUUUUUAAUAAUUUGUAUGUGUAAAUUGUUACAUUUUUUUUAAAUAUAAAAAGUUGUUUGAAAUUUCUAAAAAUUUAUCAAAAUGCUAUGAAUAGAUAUUUUUUUUAAAGUUAUGUUUUAGACCUGGUUACUCUUAUGAUUUUGGUGAUCAAUUUACGAUUUUGAGAUGAUUUUUAUGACUGUGUCAUGCUGAAACUUGUCAGAACUGCAAUUUUACGUGACUGGAUUGAAUAAAUAUAUGUUGAUAGUUGUAUCAUUAGAACAAAAACUUUUUUGUCUUUUAGGUUUAGCUCCUUUCUAUAUCUGAUGGUGAAUGGACCGAGAAAUACAAUUGGUUGGGGACCAUUCAUAAUUAGAUUACAUAUGCACUGACAGUGUAGGAGGGGUUGGUGUUGAAUAAUGAGUGUAUAUGUGUAAAUGCAAGGGGAUAAGGAAUAGGUGUUCAAAUGUAAGAUUAAGACCGCCACUUUUAGUAAUGAUGGUGAAGAUCAUCAUAUUAUUGCUUUGUGUGUUCAACAGUAAUACUUGGUGUGGUCUUCGUCUUAACCAUGAUUGUGAAAAUGAAGAAAACUGCAGAUUUUUUUUUUUUUAUUUAUGAAUUCUCAACCCCUACACACAAUAUAAGAUCAAGUAACCUUCAUUUGAAAUCUAUUUUUAGAAAUCACCAAGCAGCUGUACAGUUUUAAUACCCCAGUUUGGUUCAAGAUCUCCUUUUGACUUCUUCCGAUACAGCUUGCUUGUGGUUAUGAGAUGGAAAAAAAAAUCGGGCCCUUAGGCUUAAUGCAGGAGUGGCCAACCCGUGGCCCACCAAGUUAAAUACUUGGUCCACUGGUUGUAAAAGAAAUAAACUUAUUUCUUCAUUCAAUUGGCUAAAAUUUUUAUUCUUAGCAUAAACAUGCAUUUGAAAUACCCCUCCUUGUAAAUUAUAUUGAUUUUAAUUGUUAAUAUUAUUAAACAUUAAUUUUUUUGUCCAUGAUAAGUGGCACAAUAGUAGUGCCAAUUUGUCUGUUAAACAACAGGCAGGGGUCUAAAUUUUUCCAUUGUAGUUUUAAGAGCGUUCGACUGAUAAAACUUUUAAGUAGAUAAAUUUUACACGGUUGAUUGUAUUGAUUUGUCAUCUCUUGCUGCUAUAUUUGGGCAAUAGAAAAAUUCUCAUUGAAAAAACGUCCACCUUCCAUUGUCAGAGAAUACUGACCCACUUGGCAUGGCACUGACACGUAAAAACAAAAUAAGUGUCAACAAAAAAUAAAUUAGUUUCACAAAUCAUCUAAAAGCUAGGGUUUCAUCUGCAUCAAGAACUCCAUAGAACUUAUCAUGUGUCCUGCUUUGUACUAAAUAAAUAAAACAUUCUUAAUUUCAAACAAAAACAUAUUAUGGACAAAUAAUUGCUUUACAGCUGAAAUCAACUUUUCUUCUCUGAAGUACAAUUUCAAACGUGAAUUUUGAAACUUCUUACUAUCUUACUCGGCAUCACUUUCAUUUAGCACAAUUAAUCAACUGGAUUAUGAUAUAAUUUUUUUUAAAGUAUUUUUAAUUUUUCUAAGUAGUCUUAAUCCUUGACUUUAUUUGAAUAUUCAAUUUCUGCCAUCACCUUCUAAUUCACUCUUAGAGAAUCACUGCUGUGAAGAAGUUGUGAUACGUUAGUGAUAAUAACACAUAAAAAAGGAUGCAACAUUUUGAAAAUACUGUAUUUUAAUUUCUUUUUCCAAUAGUUCUGCACUUGAAAAGCACUUAGGAAUCCAUUUGUUAUGUAACUUUAAUGCUUUGUUUUUACUCUAUUUCUCAAGGCUGCAAAAAGAGGGAUCUAUUUUGAAAUCCUUUAUGGACCAGCCUUAAUUAACAAUGUAGUGAAGCGUCAAACCAUAUCAAAUGCUAUGUCUUUAGUGAAUGUCUGCCUUGGCAAGGUAAUAUUUCAAGAAGUGUCUAUCAGAAAUUCUGAUUCUUGUACUUAUAUGUGACUCCAGAUUGAGUUUUGAUAUGAUGUAUCAUAAACUCGUUAACACUAAUGUACCAGACACUUCUAUUUUAGGACGCUUAAUACUAAAUGAUAAAUGUAAAAAAAAAAUUCUCUAUUAGUUGCAUCAGACAUUUUUUAUUUCAUUUUCUUUUAUGGAAAUGUAAUUUAAUAUUGCUUAUAUAUCAUCUUUUAAUAUCAAUGGAAAUUUAAUAUUCUAAUAUUAUGCAUAUUUUUUCUUUAACAGAACAUAAUUCUUAGUAGCGGUGCUGAAUAUGUAAGUGGUAUGUUGACAUUGAUUAAAAAAAUGAAUACAAGUCAUGAGCUUUUAGAAUUUGUAUUUUCUAAUCCUUUUAAUUAUUUAACUUUAAAGGAUUUAUUCUUUGGGUAAAAAGGAUCCUGAUUUUGAGAAAAUAUAUAGAAUUUUAUAGAAUCAAAGACAAUGACAUCUUUAGAUGGUUCACAACUUUUCUUUUAAAAUUUAGCAAACAAGUUGGUUUAUUUAUAAAUGAACUGAAUCAAGGUUAAUUGGGCAUUGUAUUAAAGCUGUUUUUAUAAAAACAUAAUCUGAUUCAUACAGAUACAAAAAUGACUGCAAGUAUUAUUCUUUAAAUUUCAGCCCAUUUAAUAUAAGAAGUAGGGAUAUUUUAUAAGCUACCUUCCAAUACUUCUAUGGACUUUGUCAUAAUUUAUAGAGAUGUUAUUUAGCACAUUCUUUUGGUUGUUAAUUUGGUUUUAAUUUAGAAAUGGUUUCAAUUUAAUUAAAUCAAUAACAUUUUGUUUUUUUAUUCAAAUUAAAAAAAUAACAAUAAUAACUAAUUUAAAAAAAAUCUUAUCUAUGAAUUCCAUCUUCAACAGAACAUUUAAUUUCUAGUGUAAACAAAAAAUAUUAAAUUUUACUUUAAGUGCAAUAUUUUAAUAUGUUAACCUAUUAAUACUUUGUUCAUCAGCCUUCAACUCUGCGAAGUCCAAUGGACGUUUUUAAUUUGUAUCCUUUUGAAAAAGAAGGGAAAUAAAAAUGUUAAAAAAAUGGAUGCUGUGAAAAUUAAGUUGUUUGGGGGGAAAUUUGACCAUUAACUCAGUCCACAUGCUUAAGUAGAGUUGUUGAAGUAUUUUUGGCAUAAAACUUGUAUAAAAAGAGAAUGAAAGUUAGCUAAACACUGGCUAUGAUCACUCUAUAAUGAUUGUCAUUGUCAGUUACAGUAACAAAAACUGAGGUUGAUUUAUAUUAAUAUAGCUUAUACUAUUAAAUGCGGUUCAAAGGUUAUCAGUUAAUUCAAACUUGAAAGUCUAUAUUAUUUAUUGAAGACAAGGGAGAAUCAGAGAAUCUGGUUAACGGUUACAUUAAUUAUAAUCCAGUCAGUUGCCCUUGAUAUUAGAACAAUUUUAAAAAAAACUGUGGAAGUGGCUGAAGAGAUUUUUAGAUUUUCAGUUGUUCUGUGAGUUUUGAUUGAAAAUAUUUCUUUAACAAACCUCCAUUAAAGUUUUGCAUUUCAUGUUGAUAAGUCUUGAUAAAAUGCCAAAAUGGUCGAAAGGCUUAAAAUAUUAAAAGUAUAUUUUAUUAUGGUUAUUAAAGUUUUACAACUUAACAAGGUGCUAAUUGCUUUUUGAAUAAUUAAGAAUUUUUGGAGAGUAAUCAUUUAUGGUUAAGACAUACAAACUUUCUCUUCCCCCCCCCCCUACCUUUUUAAAUGAUAUUUCCUUAAUGCAUAAAUUAGAGCUAGGUUAUUUGGCCUAAGUUAUCCACAGGCCAAAGAUGCAAUCAGUGGAAAUUGUAGAGCUGUAUUAAAACAUGCAGGUAAGAUGAACUUUUAAACUCAUUUUAGUUUUUUGUUUUUUUUAAACACAGUAAGUCAUUGAAUUUACUUGUCAGCAAGCUGUUGAUCGUAUUGUAAAAUGUUUACAAUUAAAAUAUAUACUGCUUGUGUAUUUAUAUUUUAAGCAUCAAGAAAGACAUGCAAGUCUGUGAUAUCGGUGAAAGCUGCAACAGCAUUAAGUCAAAAAGAACAGUGGCUGUUAAACAAAGAGUAUUGUGAUCCAGAUUCAAGUGUAGAAGGAGAUGAAAGUGAAGAGAAUGAUGGUGAUGAAAGUGAAGAGAAUGAUGAUUUGGAAAAUGAUUUUGAAAGUAAUGAACCAAAGAAGAAAAAAAUUAAAAUCAGCUGAGGAUUUUCAAUAAUAA